CAGAAUAUUCAAGUUCUCCUCUAGUUCCAUCUAAACCCUGUGCAUGGGGUAAAAUGUCGGAUAUAUUUAAGAGAAAAAGUGAAAAUUAAAAUAAGAUGAUGGUUGAAACCAACCCUGAGCUGUCUGUGUUCCGUACUUUGGCUCACAUACGGAGAAAUAAUGGACAAUUUAGAAUCAGUAUGGAGCAGCUCCGAAGAUUGGACCACAUUAAACAGGGUCAGAUUUCCAUAACAGAGGAGGAUGAUUCCUCUCCUCCUAGAUUCCUGACACCAAUCAAAGAUAUUGAAGUAUUUGUUGAUGAAGGGGAGGCCGCAAUGUUUGAAUGCCGCGUUGAGCCAAAGCAUGAUCUUAAUCUCUCAGUUCGUUGGUACAGAGACGGGGAGGAGUUGGUGUCUGAGGGACGGAUUAAGAUAAGUCAUGAAUAUGGACACGCCUCACUUCACAUCUUCUAUACUUAUCCAGAGGAUGAAGGAACUUACUCUUGCAGGGCGACUAAUGAAAUGGGAGAGGAAGUAACAGAAGCCCGCCUUAUAUGUCGUCCUCUUCCACAGAUCAGGUUUGAUACCCCGGCUGCUGGUGAAGACGAGGACGAAGAGACUCAAGUACAGCUGAUCCGUGAGGCCACUGCCAGGUUUGGAGUCCGAGCUAAGCUCAAGGGAGAUGAGAUCUAUCAGGAAGGAGCUGAGCAGGCUCCAAGGUUUCUUCUCAAAAUGGAGAAUAUUCCAAAGUUGCUAGUUGGACAGUCAGUCUCCUUAAACACGUUCCUAGCUCCUGUAGGAGAUCCAAAUAUGAAGAUUGAAUGGCUUCUGAAUGAUGAUCCUCUGCUGUUUAAGUCUAGCUACAGUCCUCUUUAUGAUCAUGGUGUUCUCUGUCUAGAUAUUGCAAAGGUGUAUCCGGAUGAUUUUGGUGAGUUUAAAGUCCGAGCUCGGAAUAUGUUUGGUGAGACCGAGAUCUCCUGCUGGGUCGGAGAGAUGCCCCUGGGGGCGGAGUACGAGGAGGAGGAGGAGCCCGACCUACCAGCUUGGUGCAAUAAGGUGGAGAAAGGACGUUUAGCUGUAGAAUGUCCUCCCGAGAUAACAAAACAUCUUGUAGAUCUAGAGGUAGGAGAGACAGAUACUGUGAAAUUGGAGGUAAAUUUUAUUGGAAACCCAAGACCUGAAGUUAUCUGGACGAGAGAAGGAGAAGAACUUGAAAAUUCUAGACAUGUUCAGAUCCGUGAGAGGGAUGGAAGGACUACUUUAGUUCUAAUCAAUAUUACAGCUGCAAUGGCGGGAGAAUACAGAAUGGUUACAGUUUCUCCACUCGGCUCAGAUUUAACUGUCUCCAGGAUAUCUGUAAUCCCACUCAGUCCUGAGGCUCUGGCUAGGAAGGCCAGGAUGGAGGAGGAGGGGUUGAAGCAGCUGGUUUACUACGAGGAGAGUAAGCUGAUGGAGAAGAAGAAGAAGAAGAUGGAGAAAGAAGAUAGAAUUAGAAAAACUAGAGAGAAAGCCAAAAGAAAUGCGUAAAACAUUAUAGAAUAAGAAAAAUAAU